AUGUGACUUAUAUUUUUCACUCGUCAGCCACUAGGAUUGAAACCUGCUGGAGAGGCCUGAUGGCCAGGAAAGAGAGGGAAAAAAGGGCGUGGGCCGCCAAGGUCAUUAAGAAGUUCAUCAAAGGCUUCAUGACCAGACACCAGCCGAUCGGUGCGGACAACAGCGAGUACCUGAUGUACGUCAGACAGAACUACCUCACACGCCUGAAGGACAACCUCCCCAAAACGGUUCUGCACAGAGAUGCCUGGCUCACCCCCCCACCCAUCAUGCACGAGGUAGGUCAGACAAAUCAGAUCAAAUCCAAUGAUUUGGUCAGAACUCUGUAAAAUCCCAUCA